AUGACGCUGCCGACGCCCUGCGACUUCAGCGCACGCAUGCAGGAGCGGUCGCCCCCGCAGGAGUCGGAGGGCCAGUGCGAUCGCGGUGUCCAGCCAGAGCUCCUCCUGCCCACAAGUGAGGCCGGCGCGCUUCUCCGGCGGCACAAUGGCACCACAAUCUCUUUUCUGGGCGACUCACUUGUGCGGCAGCUCUUCCACAUGCUCGUGUGCCUGCUGAGCGUGCAGCCUGGCCUCGUCAUCGACGCCGAGCCUCGGUAUCGGUAUUGGCGCUGUCCGCACUGGGACUGCGUCAACCAGUACAAGCGCGUGACGCUGCGUGACCCGAAGAUGGGCCUUGCGCUCACGAUGCUAAACAAGUGGGUCAUGGAGGCAACAGAUAUUUCAUAUCAGGCCUUACGAUAUCUGCAGGCCAGCACGGUUGCGCCGCACGAGGCUGAGCUGAUCGGCGAGGCAAACGUAGUGGUUUUUGGUGUGGGCGCCUUCCUACCGCUCGACGCUAACGCCGUCCGCACUAAGAUCCGCGGCGGUGUGGUCCUCUGGCUCGAAUACUUCGCGGGUCACUUUGACACCCCCUCGGGCGAGUUCAGCAACGUUGAUCAGAACGUCGGGCGCGGGCCCCCACUCGCCGGCGCAGGCUCACUGGGCGCAGGCGCCAACUCCUCCUACCCGUGUGUGAAGCUCGGCCCAGCCGGGGCAGAGUUCGCGCACGGCAAUCCGCGCCGCACCGCGGGCAACGCCGUAGCGGCGGAGGCGGGCUGGCCGGUGCUCGCCACUUUCGACGACUCGGUGUCGCAGUGGGCGGCGCACCCUGGGAUCAAGGCGGUGCGCAAGGGGGGGUGGGGAAAUCCGAGGCAGACGAUAGUGGCGGACUGCCGGCACUGGUGCUUGCCUUCGGAACCGCUCGCGGCACGGGUGCGUACGCUGUUGCAGCUCCUCGCUCGAACUAAGGCUUCGCAGGGGUGGCGUGCAAUCCACGAACCUCUGUCGCCGCGAUCUAACGGCACCGACAUCGCCACCCCCUCCAGCCUCGCAGAGCGUCUGUCCAGCCUUUCGCACGCGCAGCUCCUCGAGCUCGCCCAGAAGGUUGCGGCCGCGGGCGGCACCGCUGUUGCAUCCGAGCCGGCCGCGUCCCGGCUGGCGUGCGAGUUCUUUUCGUGGCACUCGUCGCUGCACCGGCUGUGUGCAGAGCGCGGGCUUGAGACAGUGCGCGAUCGGGUGAUCAAAGACGUGGCGACGCUGUGCCAGCCCGCGGUGCCGCCGCCGGCAAAAAUGGCCGAAGCCAGCCCGUCCCCGCCCGUCUCCGCCGUCCCCUCGGCGAGCGAGGUCCCACCGCUGCUGCAUCGCGUGUGGGUGGGCGAGGCCUGCCCGCCGGUGCAAGAUUUGGUGUCCCUCCUCGCGGCCGUGCUGAUGCUGCGGCCUCGAGAGAUGAACUACCACGUCACGUCCCUGGCGUGGUUGGCUCAGGGAUGGGAGGCUGCCUGGCGCGCCCGCCCGGGCUGCGGCCCCUUUGCCUUUGGGUAUCGCCAGUGCCUCGCGGCAUUGGGCGUGCGGAUUCGACCCACCAACAUGUCCCGCGGCGGCUCCUCCUUUGCUGACGCCGUGGCCCGCCUCGGGGGCGGGUUCUCUCGCGACACGCUCGACGCCAAGCUGCGCCGCGGGGAGAUCAAACUGCAGCACGUCUCCGAUCUUCUGCGGCUGCACGCGCUGCAGAGCGAGGGUGGCGUCUACCUCGACUCGGACGUUUUUGUGUUGCGGCCAUACUUCGCGGCGCACAGGCGCAGCGAUUUCACCAUCGGGGUGGAUGCGCGUGAAGAUAUCGUCUCGGUCGAGCAUCUACCCCGGCUCAACAAUGGCGCGAUGAUGGCGCGCCCGAACUCCGCCUUUGGCCGCGCGUGGUGGGAGGCGCUCGGCCGAUCCAUCCUGCCGCUCGAGCUGCAACGGCAGCACCCGGGCCUCGCCACGAUCGGCACGAGCAUGCGCGCCUACCCCUUCCCGUGGGAGGCCAUCGCGGACCGCGAGGCUUGGCUCCGCGCCCGCGCGAACCGAAGCUGCAGGGGGUAUCCUUGGGCGCGGCUUGUCGAGCAGCUGGCGAGAGGGUAUAAGGUGGGGGGCAGGGAGGUGGCUUUGGAGUCGGUGCACGUGACAGCGUGGUCCAACCCGCGAUUCAAGCGGUCGGUGCAGCAGCUUCCGACGAUGAGGGCCGUGCUCGACAACGCGGAGCGCGCAGCCGGGACAGCCCCUAACGGCGCCGUGCCAGAGGCGAUGCCAGAGUGCCUCCGUGUGGCGCGCUCGUGGCUGAGCCACAUCGAGGAGCGGGACGAAGCCACCCGGCGGCGCAACAUGCCAAUCACUCUGGCGAGCGCCCUGGCGGACGAGGCCGAGUCCUCCCUCAGCUUCACCCGCUUCGACGGCUCGCUAAAGACGGUGCGCCGCGUGCAACAGCAGUGCAAUGUGCGCAACCCCAACCCAAAGCGGCGCGAUGGGCUUCAGUGCCUGUGGCCAAUCGGAUCGCCCUGCCUUGGCACGUACAGCUGUGACGCCGCCCCGCACAAGGAUUGUUAG